AAGACGUGGCUUGUUAAAAAUGGCUUUCUCUUCUUCUCCACUGCAUAUUUUGCUCAGUAAAAUCUACACUGCUGGCGUUGAGGCUGUCAGACCUGCUUCAUUAGUUAGACAAGCUAUGAAAGUAGAUGCACUCAGCAGCACACUUCAUAUUGAUGGCAAGCAAUAUCAAUUGCAACAGAAUGUUCUUGUAGUUGGAUUUGGCAAGGCUGUAUUAGGCAUGACUGUAGCAUUGGAUUCACUACUAAAGGGUCACAUUAAGAGAGGAAUUGUUAGUGUCCCUCUUGGUACAACACUGCAAUACAGUACUGAAGCUCUUGUUGAUAGCAACAUAAAAGUUAUUGAAGGAGCUGCUUAUAAUUUACCAGAUCCACCAGCAGAGACUGCAGCUAGGGAAAUACUUCAGUUAGUUGGAGAAGCAAGCGAUGGAGACCUUGUGGUUGCUCUAGUUUCAGGAGGAGGAUCAGCUCUUUUACCAGUUCCAGGGAUUGGGAUUAGUCUUGAAGAUAAGAGGAAAACAAUAGAGUCCCUCUCUGCAGCUGGUGCUGCUAUAAAUGAGCUCAAUAUAAUCCGCCAGUGUCUCUCUCAAGUAAAGGGAGGGAAACUAGCAGCCAAAGCAUGUCCAGCUCAGAUGUUAGGACUAAUAUUAUCUGAUAUAGUAAAUGAUCCAUUGGAGUACAUUGCAAGUGGACCGACUAUUCCUCAGUUACCUGAUAAUACGUUGGCACUUAAGAUAAUCAAGAAAUACGAUAAAAUGGAGUCACUGCCUAAACCUGUGCUUAAUCAUCUCUCACAGCUGCACCUGAACUCUGCUGUUUCCGCUACUCCAAGCUCUGCUCAUGUUCACAAUGUAUUGAUUGGUAAUAAUUCAAUGGCCACAAGAGCAGCUGAGAAAGAAGCAAGGUCUCACGGCUGUGAUGUCGUGACAUGGUCGCAUGCAGUGCAAGGAGAAGCAAGAGACAUAGGCUAUUUUUAUGCAGAGAUAGCCUGUGACAUUAUGAAUAAGAAAAUAAAAGGAAUUGAUAUUACAGAGAGAAUAAAAACACUCACAAAUUCACUAUCACUUUCAGUACCUCAUGAGGAUAUUGAGAGACUUUAUAAUGAAGUACUAUCUUUUCAGCAUGAGUCUAGUAAUAGACUGUGCAUUAUUAGUGGGGGAGAGCCGACUGUUACGCUCCAUGGAAAUGGCAAAGGAGGAAGAAAUCAAGAACUAGCACUUUCUUUUGCUAAGCACAUACACCAUUUGAUGCAAAGAGAGCUUGAAAUCACAACCAAGCAGCAAGAAAAAGGAAAGCAGGAAGUGAAGGGAGGUAAAAGUAACGUGUUAUUUUGCUCAAUUGGUACCGAUGGACAGGAUGGCCCUACAGAUGCAGCUGGUGCUAUUGUUAAUGGCGAGAGUUGGAGUAAUGCUCUGCGGCAGGGCCUUGAUCCUGAUCGGUUUUUAAAAGAGAAUGAUUCAUAUUCAUUUUUCAGUACUGCUCAAGGUGCAUCUCAUGUCAAGCUUGGACUGACAGGCACAAACGUAAUGGACAUCCACAUUUUAUUAAUAGAAUAAUUUUUUAUUUUUAUGAUAAAUUUUGAUGAUAUUCACGAGUGCAUAUUUCAAAUUUUUUA